UCUUUUCAGUCUCUGGAUCGCGAGAGUCGGAUUCUCACCACCAUUAACAAUGGGCAAGGAAAAAGUACACAUCAACAUUGUGGUCAUUGGCCAUGUUGACUCUGGCAAGUCAACCACCACCGGCCAUCUCAUCUACAAAUGUGGUGGGAUUGACAAGAGGACCAUCGAGAAAUUCGAGAAGGAGGCUCAGGAGAUGGGCAAAGGCUCCUUCAAAUACGCCUGGGUAUUGGACAAACUAAAGGCAGAGCGUGAGCGUGGUAUCACCAUUGACAUCUCCCUGUGGAAGUUUGAGACCUCAAAGUACUACAUCACUAUCAUCGACGCUCCAGGGCACAGGGACUUCAUCAAGAACAUGAUCACUGGAACGUCGCAGGCUGAUUGUGCUGUGCUGAUUGUUGCUGCCGGCGUGGGUGAGUUUGAAGCUGGUAUCUCCAAGAAUGGGCAGACCCGUGAGCAUGCUCUGCUGGCCUACACUCUGGGUGUGAAGCAGCUCAUUGUGGGCAUCAACAAGAUGGAUUCCACCGAGCCACCCUACAGCCAGAAGCGUUGUGAAGAGAUCAUGAAGGAAGUCAGCACCUACAUCAAGAAGAUUGGUUACAACCCCGCAACUGUGGCAUUCGUGCCCAUCUCGGGCUGGCACGGCGACAACAUGCUGGAAGAAAGCGUGAAGAUGCCCUGGUUCAAAGGAUGGACCGUUGAGAGGAAAGAAGGCAAUGCCUCCGGUCUGACACUGCUGACAGCUCUGGAUUCCAUCCUUCCUCCAAAGCGUCCGACUGACAAACCUCUCCGCCUCCCUCUGCAGGACGUUUACAAAAUCGGUGGUAUUGGCACAGUACCCGUCGGCCGUGUUGAGACAGGUGUGCUGAAGCCUGGUAUGCUGGUCACCUUCUCCCCUGUCAACCUCACCACUGAGGUGAAGUCUGUGGAGAUGCACCAUGAGUCCCUGCCCGAGGCCAACCCUGGCGACAACGUAGGCUUCAACGUUAAGAACGUUUCAGUGAAGGAGGUCCGUCGCGGGUACGUGACUGGAGACAAAAACAACGAUCCUCCAUUGGAAGCUGCUAACUUCACUUCACAGGUGAUCAUCCUGAACCACCCAGGGCAGAUAGGUCCCGGCUAUGCCCCCGUGCUGGAUUGUCACACCGCUCACAUCGCCUGCAGGUUCCAUGAGUUGAAGGAGAAGAUCGAUCGGCGUUCCGGCAAGAAGCUGGAAGAGUCUCCCAAGUUUCUGAAAUCCGGAGAUGCCGCCAUUGUGGUUCUUAUCCCAAACAAAGCCAUGUGUGUGGAGAGCUUCUCUGACUACCCACCUCUGGGUCGCUUUGCUGUCCGAGACAUGAGGCAGACUGUAGCUGUCGGCGUGGUCAAGAGUGUUGAGAAGAAGGCAGCGACUGGUGGAAAGACCACCAAGUCUGCACAAACUAAGGCUGGCAAGAAAUGAAUAUCAUCACCGAUGGUCUCUGGAGGUCAACAUUCCCCAUCAAGAUGGACAGCACAAACCCCUUUGUUCAUUACCAGCCAAGUGUGCUUAUUAAUGAAGGACUGGCUAUUCAGUUUAAUGCAUCGUAAGAAUUUCAGAAGAAAAGAAUGGAAAGCGGCAGAGUCUUAAAUUCUAAAGAUUCUGUCCUUAUUAAUGCAAUGAUUGUUGUGACCUGUUUUUCAAUUGAAUAAAGAACUGUCUAUUAGAUCC